AUGGAAUUUCUGAACCGGAUUUCCGUUCGUUCUGGGAAUCGCUUGGCAUCUCAUAUUCACAGUUUUCUUGCCAAGAGUUGGGAUGUAAUGGUGGGUGAUAUGAAAUCCGAGGAUAAGUUGAGGGACUUUUACAUUCCGAAUUACAUGCUUGUGAGUGGAUCGGAUAUGCCGAAAUUUAAAAUUGUGCCUUCAUGUCCAGUCAUGGUGUUUGUUAAUGCCAAAAGUGGUGGUCAGAUUGGAGGUGAACUCCUUCUUACGUAUCGAUCUCUUCUCAAUGAGAACCAGGUUAUUGACUUGGGAGAAAAGGCUCCUGAAAAGGUGCUACACACCCUUUAUGUAACUUUAGAAACACUCAAGAGCAGUGGAGAUGUUUUGGCUGCUGAAAUCCAGAAGAGGUUGAGAAUAAUCACACUUGCUGUGAUAGGUUGCAGGUGGAGAUGGUACAGUUGGCUGGCUCCUCAGUGUAGUUUUGAUCUUAAACUACCUCACCCACCUCCAAUUGCCCCAGUGCCAUUGGGAACUGGAAACAAUAUCCAUUUCGCUUUUGGUUGGGGAAAGAAAAAUCCUUUCACCGACCGUCAAUCUGUGCUGACUUUCUUGAAUCAAGUGAAGACUGCGAAGGAAAUGAACAUUGACAGCUGGCACAUAAUAAUGAGAAUGAGGUCUCCAACGGAAGGUUCUUGUGAUCCUAUUGCACCUCUAGAACUACCCCAUUCUUUGCAUGCAUUUCAUCAAGUCUCCCAAACUGAUACACUCAAUAUGGAGGGUUACCAGACCUUUCGUGGGGGGUUUUGGAACUACUUCAGCAUGGGAAUGGAUGCUCAAAUAUCAUAUGAUUUUCACGCACAGAGGAAGUUGCAUGCAGAAAAAUUUAAAAACCAGUUAGUUAAUCAAGGUACUUACUUGAAGCUUGGAUGUACACAAGGAUGGUUUUGUGCUUCUCUAUCGCAUCCUUCUUCACGGAACAUAGCACAUCAGACAAAGAUUAAGAUCAUGAAACGACAAGGUCAAUGGGAAGACCUCCUCAUACCUCGCAGCAUUAGGUCUAUUGUGUGCCUCAACUUACCCAGUUUUUCUGGUGGUCUUGACCCAUGGGCGAAACCAAAUACGAAGAAAGUGCAAUAUAGGGAUUUAACUCCUCCAUAUGUGGAUGAUGGCCUCAUCGAGAUUGUUGGUUUUAGAGAUGCCUGGCAUGGGCUUAUCUUACUUGCUCCUAAGGGACAUGGGACUCGUCUUGCACAGGCAAGCAGAAUACGUUUCGAGUUUUGCAAGGGUGCAACUGAGCAUACAUUCAUGAGAAUUGAUGGGGAGCCAUGGAAACAACCUCUUCCAGCAGACAAUGACACAGUGGUUGUAGAGAUUUCUCACUUUGGCCAAGUGAACAUGCUUGCCACACCAUUAAAUCGAUCCAAAAGUGUAAAUGACCCCAUGUCUCCAGUUAAUUCCCACGAUGAGGAUGAUGACAGUAAUGACGAAGAAUAUGAAGAUGCAGAAGAUACGGAAGAGAAAAGGAAGUUUGGUGCAUCAGACACAUUCAAAAUUCCAGACGGCGUUGACAUAGCUCAACUUACUUAA